GGCGCCCGCUGCACUAGUCCCGCCUGCUACACGCGAAGCCCGGCGUCAGAGCAAAGCGUAGGCCCUGGUGCGGCCGGGACAUGGCUCUGAGGCUGUCGCUCGCCUUGGGCCGCUGCUUCGUCUCCGUAGCGAGGCCAACCAGGUCAGUUUUGCUGCACACCUCUUUGGGAAGUACUAACUGUAGCACAAAAGGAAAUGCUGCAUCUACCAAGCAACCUCUUAAAAAACCAAAAUUGCCAGUAGGUCGUUUUGAUGAGCCAGAAGAAUCCAGUGCAGAAAAGGAGCCUUUAGAAAAAUUUCCAGAUGACAUCAAUCCUGUUACAAAAGAAAAGGGUGGACCCAAAGGCCCCGAACCUACUCGUUACGGAGAUUGGGAACGGAAAGGACGCUGCAUAGAUUUUUAAACGGUUCCAGACUUUAAUGCUACUGCUAUCUGGGUGGAAGUAAAAAUGAUGGAAAAAAUCACCCAAAUUUUCUUUUGCAUUUCUUUCCCAUAAUUUAUUUAAUUACCUUUUUGAGAGGAAUACUUUGGAUAAAUAUACUUUAAAUUUAAAACUAUGUUUUUGCCUUUUUGUCCUUGGUUCCUGAUGGUGAUGUGAAUAUAACGGUUGAUAGAAUUAAUUAAGGCUGCAAUCCUAAACAUACUUCAAGGGGAAGUCCUUUUGAAGGCUAUAACUUUCAUGUAAGAUCGUUAUACUUGUCAAUGCAACCAAACUUUUUCAGCAAUGCAAAUUGCAGAGAUACUUCAAGAAAAACCGAUGUUUGUUAUUUACAAGCUGAGAUGCAGCAAGGCAAUUGAUUAAUUGCUGUCUCAUGUAACCUGGCCUCUCUUUAGAGCUUUAUGAAGCAUGUAACAUUUCCCACUUGAUGUGUAAAACAUAUCAAUUAGGUAUAUGAUGGAUGGAACUGCUGCCACUCCUCUGACUAUAAAGUAUUUUGGAGUUGCUACAUUCUUUUUUUACUUGUUUGAAUCAAAUGCACUGAAUGUAACAGUAAUCCCCAAGUAUUAUCCACUGAACCAUAUUUAUCCACUUCUUUAUUGUGAUUCUACUACUCUGUGUGAGGGCUGGGCCGUGGGUGGCAGCUGGAAUGGGCAGAACGCCGGGUCCAAGGCACGAGCUGAAGUAAAGUCCAGAAGUUUGCUAAUGGGCCAGAGGCAAGUCAGCAGUCCCAGGUCAAUACCAUGGAGAAGAAUAGUCAGAUUUCACAGAGAGAAAGAAUCAGAGAACUAUUUGGAGGUCAUUUUACUGGGUGCGUCAUUGAAGUGAAGGUUGGAGCAAGGCAGGGUCUACUUAGAGGAAGGAAGAGAACAGCAGGAAGGAUGCAGGCUGGAGCAAGACGGUCUACUCAGGAACAAGGCAUGGAGAUGCCUGGAGCCAAAGCAGAAGGAGUCCGGGGGAUGGCUUGUGUUGUUGUGGCAAAGAGCAGCAGUGCCAGAAAGCCUUUUAUGCUGGUCUCCAGGACCUUCAGGUGUAGUACAUGAUUGCUUCCCGGCUGUUUGCCCACAGAAGAGCUCCUGGUUGUACAGACACUUGCAGGACCAAUCGGGCUCUGAUUCUGACAUUCUGAAUAUAUUUCUCCACUGUUACACAGUCAUUAAUGAAUUACUUUUCCAUUCUCCUGAAAUAAAUUAUCCAGAUGAUGGAGUCCUUUGCUUUGGCUUGCACUCAGUCUUUUUGUCAAAAUUAUUAACUUAUUUAUUUGUAAAUACAGACCAGUAAUGCUUAUAUUUGAAGGCACACAAUUUUUUGAAAUAACAAAAAUAUUCUUGCUGAUUUCUUCUGUAUAGUAAUAGAGAAAAUCCCAAUAUCCCUUAAAAAUAUUUUUUCAUGCAAAUAUAUGUUCAAAACAGUCUCACCAAAAUGGAAUAAGGGGAAGUGUUUUUAGAAUACUGAUUUUUUUCUUGGAAUCCUAAAAAUUUUCUAAUGUGAAUUUGGGUGAAAAUCUGUGGAACAAUUAUCUUCUGAAAUCUUGAGAGGUCACCUUUCCGCAUUUUUUUAGUCUCCCAUUGUUAUCUAUGAAUGUUCCAAGUUUUACCUUCAUAGCUUUUGCACAGCUUAUUAGACUAUAGGUACGUAUAUGAUAACUUAGUGUGUAUCCAAAAUAAGCAGCUAUUGAUAGGAUACAAAUUAAUGUUUGAAAAUUCUGUGUAUUGUUUACAGACUAAUAAACUGCAGCAAAUUAAUGGCC